AAUACUUUUUAAAGGAUGCCUAUCAUUUUAUAUGAAACUUAUUUUCAGUCUCAGAAUUAGAUUAUGUCAUGUUGUUGAAAUUAUCUAAAUUCGGAUAGUAUUUUUUGGAUGUGAUUUAUACUGGAUUUACUGAAAAACUUAAGGCAAUUGCCGUAAACAUGGAACAGCAAUGUACCGAAAAGAGAAAAUUUUGUAGGUAGUCAAUGAAAAAGUGGAUAAACUUUCCUGACUCUACAGAUAGUUGACAAGUGGAUAGACAUUAAGAAAAAAUGCCAAAGAAGCCACAAAGAAAUGGUUUUUACUUCUUUAUGAAGGAAUUAGAGCCAUCUCUCAGAAGGGAGGGACGCGUCUUUCCAAAUGGUAUAGCUGAUGUCGUCCCAAUUGCUCAUCCAAGAUGGAAGCAACUCCCAGAGAAAGACAAGCAGCGUUUUGAGAAUAUGGCAAAACAGGAGAAAGCCAGAUUACGUGGACGUGCUGGAGAUGAGUAUAGAGUUGACAAUGUUGGCAAUGUUCUUGCACAUCGCAAGGACAGGUACACUGAACUUGACAAAAGAAGAAUGGCAGAGAAAAAAGACAUUGUGAAAAACUGGCCUCUUGGAAAAGCAUUGAAGAGUGAGGUAUUUUACUUCAUCAACUUCCAGGUCCUGUGUAAGACAGAGGAGGGGGAUUAUCUACCAGCAGAGAUAGCUGUUAUAGAAUACAGUAUAGAGAAAGGCAUUAUGAGAGAUUUACACAGAUUUAUUGAACCAGGAAAAAUACCUACAGGCUACAGAUUUACAUGUAUUCAGAACAGUGAAGACACACAUAAAAUCCCAGUGGAGAAUUUUGAGUUGGCAGAUAACAACUAUAGAGGGUUAUGGAUUCAGCUGGAAAAUUUCAUUAAUUUUAAUGGAACUAAAUCAGAAAACCCUCCGCUAUAUUGUUUGGGUGCAGGUCACAAGUAUGAAGCUGUAGAGUACUGCCUGGAUUGGAUCCAUGCUAAAGCAUGUCUCGGGGAACCAAAUCGUAUCCAUAAAGUGUAUGAGAUUGAAAGUUUAUUCCAUGAGAUGCAAGCCCAUGUAGGUAACCAGGUGUCUAAGACAUGCUGUAUAGACAGUCUCACAUCAUCCGAGUGGGACUAUGAACCAAAAACGAAAUGUGCAUACCAUGAGGAACUUGAGGUGAAAGACUGUGCUCUAGGAAUAGUACAUAGAUAUGCAUACGCUAUUUCUGAUGCUCUGUGCCAGUUUUUUGAUGUGCAAAUUACAAAGAACCAUUUACCAGCAAGGGAUGAUACUGGUGCUAUUACAGUACUCUCCCCUUCCAGUAUGCCCGUCUGCAAUAAACAAGAUUCACGUCUACCACAGAAGUCAGACAUGAUGUUGAAAACAAAGGAGCUAAAGCCGAGACAGCCUCCUCUAGAGGAAGACUACAGGGAAUUACGUCGGCCUAACCCUCCUGUGCCAGGUUAUACAAAUACACUUCCAGCUGCUCCUGCAUGGGGAGGAGCUGGAGUAGGAGGAGCUAUAGCACCAGUGGGUGGAGUUUAUGUAAAUCAGGCUGACUAUCCUCCAAUGGCAGCAGGGAGAGGACUAACAGUGGGUAUGCAAGGUUUGAGUUUGAAUCAGACAAAGCAUGCAGGACGGGCAGGUGCUCCACGACCAUCAGAUGCCCCGCCUCCGCCUCAGGCUUGGCAGCAACCACAAGUGCCUUCAUUCCAACAACCAAUGGGUAUAGGUCGUGGUAUGGUAGCCAGAAAUGUUCCUGUACGUGCCCCUUUAGUACCUUCACCUAACAACGGUCUGGCAGAGGAGGAGGAUGGGAACCUAGCACCUUUGAGGCUCCCAGGCCAGACAGUCUCAGCUCCACCCCAACAACAGUAUCAGCAGUCACAGCAACAUUUCUCACAGUUUGCUGAUGCAGAACCAAAACCUACCAUAAAUGGUGGUACUAGUUAUCUGCCAGUUGGUAGAGGUAAAGGUGGAUUGUUGGAGGGAUUUUUGAAAAAUGGUAGAAAACCAGGAGCACCUGUAGGAAGGGGUUAUGCUCCCCCUGAUUGGGUGGAUGAUGGAAGUCUAGGACCAGUCAGAAGACAAAGAUAGGAGAUACCCGAACUACCUGAAGGACAAUCAGUGAUUCGAUAUCAGACUGCUAUUCAGUUUUUAACCGUCAAGGCAUGACAGUGACUCUAGUCAGUUCUACACUCCUAUUGAUCUGAUAUUACUUUUGAAAUAGAAAUUUUAUUACAUCUCGUUAUUUUCUGAAUUUCUAAAGUUCUAAGAUUUUGUUUUUAUUUGAAAGACUUUCUAUUUAAGUUUCAGUACUUGAUACUAGAACGAAAUGCCUAAUAAGCAUUUUGGGGAUUAAAUUGACUUCUAUUGAAAAGGAAAGACUAACAAGGACAGAUGUCUGACUGUAAAACUUGUGAUAUAGUGAAAAUGACAGGACUUUCAUAACUGAAAUAAAAGAGAUAUAUCAUUUUCACUUGGAUAUGACUGAAUUUAUACAAGUAUUCAUUUUAUAUUUGGUUGAAAAUUAGAUUUAAAAUUGAUAUGGGUGUGCCAACUCUGAUAAAAACCAAAUGAAAGUAAAAUUCAGUUUCAGUACACCAACCCUCAUUGCUGCCUCCAAAAAUAAAAGUGUUACUGUGCA